GCUUUGGGUGGGGUAGGUUAUUUGCAGUUUGCAAGUGGAGAAACCGAGGCUACGUGGGUUGUCAGGAAGUGCUUCCCGGCCCCUACUAUUCUAAUCCUCAUUAUUGUAGUUUAUCCUUAUCCAAGGCACGUCUUUUGGGUUUGGCCCUUUUGGGGAGCACACCGUGAAUGCCAGCUGGAUUGCAGUCCAGGCUGGUGCUCCUCAGCACCUUUCGCAGGAGGGACUAUGUUUUUCACAUGUCCCAUCUCUCCCAGGUGGUGUAGGAUACCAGCUUUCCUAGGAGGCCCAGGAGCUGGAGAAGCUGGGCCUUGGCGACAGUGUGGACUUGCACGUAUAUGAGAUUCCAGUCGAGUACAAGACGGUCCAGAGGCUCAUCCCCGCCCUGUGGGAGAAGCAUAGCCCACAGGUGAGUGGGGCGAAGGCAGGUGCUUCCUCAUCAGGACCUGCAGCUGGUGGUACAUGUGGGUGUGUCAGGUAUGGCUACCACAGUCACGCUGGAGAAGUGUGGGCACAACAAGGGCUACAAAGGGCUGGACAACUGCCGCUUUUGCCCUGGCUCCCAGUGCUGCGUGGAGGAUGGGCCUGAAAGCAUUGACUCUAUCAUCGACAUGGACGCUGUAUGUAAGAGGGUCACUACACUGGGCCUGGAUGUGUCAGUGACCAUCUCGCAAGAUGCCGGCAGGUACCUCUGCGACUUCACCUACUACACCUCUCUGUACCAGAGUCAUGGCCGCUCAGCCUUUGUCCAUGUGCCCCCGCUGGGCAAGCCAUACAACGCAGACCAGCUGGGCAGGGCACUGCGGGCCAUCAUCGAGGAGAUGCUGGGUGUCCUGGAGCAGUCAGAAGACAAAAUCAACUGUCGCCACAAACACUGAGAGUGCCUCAGGCCUCCCAAGACCUCAUCCCUCCAGGGACCCCAGGAAGAGACAAAGCCUUCGGCUGAAGAUCUGAUUUGGAUCAAAUAUUUCGAUUUACACACCUCCUCUCUCUCUUUCUCUGCAAAAGUGCUGAUCAAUUUGAAGGAGGCAGCUGAAGAUUUUUUUUUCUCUAUUUUUCUUUGCAUCUGAGGGCACAGCCAUGAUGGCUGGGAGGCCCGUGGGUGCAGACUUCCUCAGAGAACACCGAUCGGGUGUAUCUCCGCUUUCUCUGCUCUCACGUCUGGGGCAACCUGUUUACCUGCUCUUCUAGGUCUCUGGUGAAGAGAUUCCAGAGUUCCCUCCAUCCUGUGACUGCUUUUCCCAAACUUAAAAGCCUCUCAAAGAGUCUUUGCCCUGAUCCGUGUCCCAACACCCAGACAGCCCAGAAAGGGCUGCCACGGGAUAUCGUGUGGGUUUUUUAAAAUUAUUAUUCUCUUUUUUAAAACAAUAGUUCUAGUUUGGGCACAGAGCAAUUUAUAUUCCCUUUGGUUAAAACACAGGCUUUAGCCAACAACAAAAGUGUCUUUUUCCUGGGAGCGGCCC